GUUCGGAAUAAGGGGCUGCGGUGAAGUAGUAUUCGAUUUGGGGUUCUGAAACCUUGAACCCGUGCCAAUCUUGAGGGGAUCUGGAGUGUUUGGAACAAGAAGCGGCGGCUGGUUUGGCGUCGGUCGACGGUGUCUGCAGCGGAGCUAGGAUUGGGCGGCGACUGCAGCGGCGGGGUGCGCACGAGUCUGGGAGUGCUGCGUGAAUGAUUGACUGGUAGUUCUUCGUGAAGACGGCGACGAACUGCAGCGGACGGAAGCUUCUUCUAUGGUGGGAAAAAACCCUAAUUCAGUUCUCUUCCCUCCUUGGCGGGAUAAAAUUCUGAACUCAAUCGAUACACUUUGCAUUUCAUGACCCCUUUCAUGGAAUCGGAAAAGCUCUUAAUUUCACGAGGAAACCCUAGAAAUUCAGCAUAUCCAUCCGACCGCCAACUUCCCACUACCAGCGGCAGGACUAUGCCCAAUGAGUUGCCACAAAAGCCUCCCCCUUCUAUAGCUCACCGGUUUAGAGCUCAGCUAAAGCAGCGGGAUGACGAAUUCAGGGUUUCUGGCCAUGAUGUUGUGCCCCCUCCUACCGCUGAGGAUAUCGUGCAGUUGUAUGACCUCAUGUUGUCGGAGCUCACCUUUAAUUCGAAGCCCAUCAUUACGGAUCUCACGGUUCUUGCUGACGAGCAGAGAGAACACGGGAAGGGCAUUGCUGACUUAAUUUGUGCGCGUAUUCUCGAGGUUCCGGUUGAGCAAAAACUUCCUUCAUUAUAUUUAUUGGAUAGCAUUGUUAAGAAUGUUGGGCAAGAAUAUAUCAGUUAUUUUUCGUCUCGUUUACCUGAGGUGUUUUGCGAGGCUUAUAGGCAAGUUCAUCCUAAUUUGCAUAAUGCAAUGCGCCACCUCUUUGGGACAUGGGCAACUGUGUUUCCACCAUCCAUCAUUCGGAAGAUUGAAGCUCAACUUUCUCAGCUAACAGCACAAGAGUCGUCAAGUUUGACAUCCUCAAGGGCUUCUGAAUCUCCUCGGCCAACUCAUGGCAUUCAUGUCAAUCCAAAAUACUUGCGUCAACUGGAACACUCUGUGGUGGAUAAACAGAUCCAUGAUGCAAGAGGGGUCUCAGCUCUAAAAGUUCAUGAUAAAAAGCUUGCUUCCGGAUACGAAGAGUAUGAUUACGAUCAUGCAGAGGUUCUUGAACAUGGUGGAGCUCAAGCAUUUCAUUUGCGGAGCAUGGCCCAUGAUUCUUUUGCUCUUGGAACAAAUAAAGCAAAUAUAAAGCUAGCGAAAUCGUCCCCGUCUUCAAGAAUUGGACACAAUAGACCUCUACAAUCAGCUGGUGAUGAACUUGAAGCAGUUAGAGCCUCACCCUCGCAGAAUGUAUAUGAUUAUGAAGGUUCUAGAAUGAUUGAUAGAAUUGAGGAUACUAAUAAAUGGAGAAGAAAACAAUAUCCUGACGAUAAUCUGAAUGGACUUGAAAGUACAUCAUAUAAUAUUAGAAAUGGACAUGCACUUGAGGGGCCAAGAGCUUUAAUUGAAGCAUAUGGAAGUGAUAAAGGAAAGGGUUAUUUAAAUGACAAUCCACCUCAGGCUGAACAUUUUUCUAUCAAUGGUAUAGACAACAAGGUGACUCCAGUAACAUGGCAGAACACUGAAGAAGAAGAGUUUGAUUGGGAAGAUAUGAGCCCCACAUUAGCUGAUAGAGGCAGAAACAAUGAUAUGUUGAAGCCAUCUGUCCCACCUUCAAGAUUUGUGACAAGAACAGGAUUUGAAAGAUCAAAUGCUAUGUCUAUAGAGCCUGGAAUGAGAAGCAAUUGGUCAAGUCAGGUUCAGCUACCUACUAUUGACUCCUCCAUGGUUAUUGAAGAUGUGGUCCAAUCAACACCUGAUAUUUGGAAUAUGCACAAUCACAUUUCUCAGACAUCCCAGAACCUCAUGAACAAUAAAGGAGCAGGAAGAAAUUUCCAGACGCCUUUGUUGGGGAGAGGCAUAGCUUUGUCUGGUGGGGAGAAGAUGUCUCCUUUUGCUGACAAGCUUUUGACCAAUGAUGCUUUACAUAGGCCCACUACCAUUGCUUCGAGAUUGGGUUCUUCUGGUCUUGACUCUAGCAUGGAGUUGCAAUCAAUUGUACAAUCUAUGGGCCCAAGGCAUCCUCUGAAUCUUCCUAACUCUUGCCCACCCUCUAGACCUCCAAUUUUUCCUGUACCAAGACACAAUAAGAGUCCAUUUGAGUCUUUAAAUGGUGGUAAUUCUUUCAUCAAUCGUGCAAAUAGGUCUUUUUUGCCUGAGCAGCAGAUGAAUAACAUGAGAAAUAAGGAGCUAAGUCUUACAACUAAGUUGCCACAAGUUGGCAAUCAACAUACUGGGCAUAUUCCUUUAACUCGGGGAAACCAAUUGCAGGCCAUCCCUUUAAAACCGCAAUUUCUACCAUCUCAGGACAUGCAGGAUAAUUUGAGUGCAUCAGUUGUACCUCCAGCAUUACCACAUUUAAUGGCACCAUCCUUGAGUCAAGGAUACAUUUCACAAGGACAUCGCCCUGCUAUUAGCGAGUGUUUGUCAAGUUCUGCACCUAUUGGGCAAUGGAAUUUGCCUGUUCAUAAUAGCCCCAGUAACCCUUUGCAUUUACAAGGGGGGCCACUGCCACCUCUUCCACCUGGGCCUCAUCCUACUUCCAUUCCGACGAUACCUAUACCUCAGAAGGCAGGAUCCCUUGUUCCUGGUCAGCGACCAGGAACUGAAUUUUCUGGCCUGAUAAGUUCUCUCAUGGCCCAGGGUUUAAUCUCAUUGAACAAUCAACCUUCUGUACAGGAUUCUGUUGGGUUAGAAUUCAAUCCAGAUGUACUCAAGGUGCGACAUGAAUCUGCAAUAACUGCUCUAUAUGCUGAUCUUCCUAGACAAUGCAUGACCUGUGGUCUUCGGUUCAAGACCCAGGAAGAGCAUAGUAAUCAUAUGGAUUGGCAUGUCACUAAAAAUCGAAUGUCAAAAAGUAGGAAGCAAAAGCCUUCUCGCAAAUGGUUUGUAAGUAUUAGCAUGUGGCUUAGCGGUGCAGAGGCUCUGGGAACAGAGGCGGUUCCAGGAUUUUUGCCUCCUGAGGUCAUUGUAGAGAAAAAAGAUGAUGAAGAACUGGCCGUUCCUGCUGAUGAUGAUCAAAAAACGUGUGCAUUAUGUGGGGAACCUUUUGAGGAUUUUUACAGUGAUGAAACAGAGGAGUGGAUGUAUCGGGGUGCUGUCUACAUGAAUGCACCUGAUGGACAAACAGCCGGCAUGGAUAGAUCUCAGUUAGGGCCCAUAGUGCAUGCUAAAUGCAGGACAGAAACUAAUGUGGUAACCUCCGAAAGUUUUGAACAAGAAGAACAAGGGGUAUGCUUAUAUCUUUUUUGUUUUUUUCCCUUAGCCCCAUGUUACCUGCGCGUUCCUUUUGCCCUCUCAUGUGGUUGCUUGUUAAUGUAUACCAGGUGCUUUCUUAUCUGCAAGAUCUUGUGUUCUUCGAAACUCACGUUGUUAAUUUUUUGCUGCAGGGAGUUAGUGAAGAGGGUAAUCGAAGAAAACGAUUGCGGAGCUAGCCUAAAUGGAUUUCUAUACUCUCGCUGUAGCUUAUACAAGUUUUUUCCACAUGAUCGCUUGUUCUCACAGUAGUGUUAACUAGAAUUUACUUGGAUUAUGGUUGAAUUAUUGUAUAUUUAAAAAUGGAAAUUUUCAUGCGCAAUAUAAAUAUUGCAAUCUAAAAGAGUCCCACCCUCAAUCUCAUCGUCUUUGUUGUGAAAUUUCAGUUUUGGAUCUAAAUCCUUUAGCUUUCAAGGGUUAGUAUCUACGUUCGAAUGAAAUGGUUUAGCAUGGAAAUACGUUGUAGGUUUUGAUAUAGAUCAAUAAUUUGAGUGGGAGUCAUAGCUGUAGCUGCUUGUUACAUCUAUCCUGUGUUUGACUUAACAUCUGCAGGGCAUUGAAUGUGGCGCUUGUAGUUGCGGCUCUCGGAUAUUGCUCGAUGUCUAUCCCAUUCAAAUUGAAGCCAAGAUAUACACAGGAUGGACCACACACACUGCUCCCUUUUUGCUUUUGAUUAAUUUUUGUUUUCUUUAGUUUUUUUCAUUGUUUUUCUGGGUUCAAAUUGUUAUGAUGAUCAAGUUUGUAAUGUGACAAUUCAUGAACAAUACAGUUUGUUAAAAUCGCAAAUAGAGCGAGGACUUUGUUUUGUUUAA